GAUAGUAACAAUUGAAGUUUUCCAACACCCCUUGAACCAUUGUUUAUUAAUUACUUUAGGAAAUUAUCACAUUCUGUAUAUUAGCAUGGGGUUUUAUGCUGAAAUCCGUGUACGGUAUGGAAGGGAAAUGUCAUCGACCUUAAAAAUCAUGGUCAUCUAAUAACAUCAAGUUGGCAGCAUUGCGGAAUCGCAGAGUGUUCCUGUUGGAGUGUAAAAGGCUGGGUUUACAUCCCAAACACAUGACCAACAACUUCUGUCAAUUAUAUGGAUCUGUGACAGACGAGGUGUCGUCCAGACAAGCAGUGAACAUGGAGAACAAGAACAACAAGUACAAUAGACAAUUUGCAUUGACGAAACAGAAAAAUCUGGAUAAGGUGAGAGCUUUGACAGAUGCACAAUUGGGGAAAGUCAGAUCACAAGAAAGGUGGGUUAAAAAUUUAAGUGGAACAAAUGUCCCAGAUAGAGUUCUAAAAUUCUUGUCGCUGGGUCCUAAAUUCAGCAUUGACAUUCCUAUGAAAGAAAUCUCCAUUCCGAAACUUUUAUCUGAUGUUGAGAAUGUUAUCAACCUCAAUGACUCCUUAUCUCCUGAUGCCAAGAAAUAAAACGCGCCAUGGCCACCAACAUUAUAACUAAUAAUAUUAAACCUAAUAAAGUUGUCAGAAAUGUAGUACAGAGAGAAUUUUAUAAUUGUAAAAGAUAUCUCAAAGAACAUCCAGACACACAGGUAUUACAAUCAGACAAAGGAAACGUAACAGUUAUUAUGGACAAGUCACAAUACAUAGAACUAUCUAAUGGAAUUCUCAAUGAUCUUGACUAUUACAGAAGACUACCUAGAGACCCAACAACUACUAUACAAACUAAAGGUAACACAUUGAUUAAAAAAUUGGUAACAAGUGGUCAUAUUUCCCAAAUGCAAGGAAAAUCCUUGUACAGUUAUAACUCCAUUCCUGCAAGAUUUUAUGGACUACCUAAAGUCCAUAAACCUGUUCUCUC